AUGGCUCAAUUACAAUACUCAAGGAAAAAGCCAAAUAUUCAUCAUUCUGAUACUAUAUCACAUCACUCCAUUUCUAAUAAGAUUAUUGAAGGGGUAAACUUUUUAAAUAAUAAGGCAUCCCAAUACUCUUCUCCCCUUGUUCAAAACAAUAAACGUACCACUGCCGAUAUAGACAUUCGCAACAUUCCAUCCAAUAGUAUUCAAUGUCAUAAAAAAGCAAAAUGUGGUGACGGCCAAUCGUGUUGCAAUCAUGAUAGCUGUUAUUUAGGAACAGAUUAUAAUUACACUCCUGUUGAUACUUCUACACAUGGUGUUAAUGAUGAUCAAGAAUUAUUGGACUCUCUACCAAAAGUCUCUGGUAUGGAUGACACAUUGAAAGAAUUCUUGAGUUCCUUUUAUAACGAUGAAGGUGGAACUAUCUGUGAUGAAGAUAUUCUAACACAACAUUCAUUUUCAAGUGUAAAAUCUAAUAUCGCUACAAACGAGAAUUUUGAUGCAUUGUUAAAAAAGAUAUUGAGGUUUACAGUCACAGCAUCUCUCUCUGAGAAUUGUUUAAAGCAAGUGAUUGAAAUUGUUAAAGAAGCACUUCAAUUAUGUAAAAGUGAUGCUGAUAGAGAAUAUGCAAUUGACCACCUCUCACUAUCUGGAUACUAUAAUCAUUUCAUGUUAUCAUCUAAAACAAGAAAAGUUCCAAUGUGCCUAGAAUGUCAACAAUAUCAAAAAGAUGUCACUCAUAAAAAUUGUCCAACUUGUGGACAUUAUAUGGAGAUGGAGUUUCACCAUUUCAAUCCAGUCAACAAAGCUUUUACCAAUUUUCUAUUAGCUUGA